AUGAAUCUACUUCAUCAAAAUCCAGGAUUUUUAGCUUCCACCACUCCGACAUCAUUUGAUGUUAAGAAGGUUCUGUCUUUUACCGCUCUAAGCAGAGCCUAUAUGACCUUCUGA